UGGAGCAGAUGGCAGCCGUGCAGGACUAUGCGUUCUCAGUGGACGGAGCCAUUGCGCGUAAGCUGCGCCACUUCGACGGCACACGUCUGUUCCACUACGACCAACAGGAUGGCAGAGAUUUUUAUCAUCAGAAGAACACAUAG